AUGGGUUUAUGGACAUGGACUAUAAGUUAAAUGUUAACUCCUAAAUUCUUUUUACAUUUAAAGAAAGAAGGAUUUCUAAAAACCUGGACAAGAGGUCACAAAGGACCAGGUAGACACUCACAUUACGUAGGAUCUAAUAGAACUGAAGGUUAUGCAAAAGAAGUAGGCGAAGAUGAAUUCGGAAAUAGAUAUUAUGAAGACUGGGACGUAGAUCACAAAAAUUAAACUAGAUGGGUUGAAUAUAGUGAUUAUUUUAUGUUAAUGUGGAGUAACGGUGAUAAAAUACCUAAUAAAUGGCAUGGAUGGUUAUGUCAUAUGUAUGAUGAUGUGCCAACCAGAACAGGAUAAUCAGCUUUUGUUAAACAUCAUUAUUUAAAAUAACAUAAACAAAAUUUAUCUAAUACUCCUUUAGGUUAUAUUUCUUAAGGAGCUAUUAUGAAUCCUAAUAGAAUAAAAUUUAUAUAGGGUUAAAUUAACAGAAGUAGACAACCUUGGAAUACUCCAUAAAGAGGGGAAGGAGUUUUUAAAGGAAAAAAAUUAAUAAUUUAAAAGAAAAAUAAUUUUAUUGAUUAUAUGGCAACAAAUGAUUGA